AUGGAGAAAAAAAAUUAUAGGCAUACUUAUUUGUCAUGUAUUUCAGUGAACUUAAUGGCAUUUAUAACAGGCAUAGGAUACUCAUGGUCCUCACCAUGCAUACCAAAACUACGUGAUGUAAUAGACCCAGAAAAUAAUCCUUUAGGUCGAGCAGCUACAUUACAAGAAAUAUCCUGGAUAACAUCCUUACACGCCCUGGGAUCCUUAGCAGGACCGCUGCUCACAGGAACGAUGUCCAAAAAAAUAGGAAAAAAGAAAACAUUGAUUAUAUUUUCAUUACCACAAGUCGCUUCUAGUAUAAUUAUGUUUUUUGCUUUUGAAGUUGAACAUUUUUACGUAGCAAGAUUUUUACUUGGUAUCGGUACAGGUUGUGUAUUCUCAGUCAUACCGUCUUAUGUAGGUGAAAUAUCUGAACCCGCCAUUAGAGGACGUACUAGCAUGCUUAACUCAGUACUCCUAACUGCAGGUCAAACCGUAGUACUUACAGUUGGCCCUUUUGUUACUAUCAGAACUAUUUCUUUAAUGACUCUAACAACCUCAAUCAUUUUUUUGUUUACUUUUAGUUUCUACGUACCGGAAAGUCCUUAUCAUUACGUUCUACACGGUAAAGUAGAUAAAGCCAAAUCGAAUCUUAAAAAAUGGGGUAGAACUGAUAGUACCGAAAAGGAACUACUAGAUAUCAUUGAAAUUUGCGAUAAAUCAAAAAAUGAGCAAACUAUUAAAGCCAUUCUGAGUUCCAGGAUUUUACAAAGGUGUUUGAUAAUAUGUCUCGGUCUGGUCAGUUUGCAAUCGUUAGUUGGUAAUCCUGCUAUAGUAGCAUACCAGCAAACAAUUUUAGAUAAUUCCAGUAGCACUAUACCUGGUGAAACUAGCGUGAUAGUGAUUAGUAUUUUGCAAAUGAUUGGAACUUAUUGGAGUACGGGUUUGGUGGAUAGAUGGGGUAGGAAGCAAUUGUUGUAUAUAUCGUACUUAGGUUUACUGGUAUCUUUAGUCAUUUUAGGUGGAUACUUGAUUCUAAUUGAACUUAAAGUUAAGUUAGAAGCAUUCUUUUGGAUACCAUUCGCUUCUAUCUUAUCGUACAUAGUGUUUUACAAAAUUGGUGCUGGUCCUCUUCCUUGGACCCUCAGUGGGGAGAUAUUUCCACCAAGUUUCAAACCACAUUUAAGCGCUUUAACAGCACUAGUCAUGACUUCAGUAAAUUUCUUAGUUACUCUAUUGUUCCCCUAUUUUCUUGUAAAUGUCGGUUUGGGUAUAACUAUGUGGAUUUUUGCAGCAUUCGGCAUACUGUCUUUAAUUUUUAUUAGACUUGCUGUACCAGAAACUAAAGGCAAAAGCCUCAUAGAUAUACAAAGGAUGUUAUUAGAGGGUAAAGUAGCUCUUCCCAAUUUUGAAGAGGAAAAUAUUUGUAGUGAAGAAAAGGAAUUGUUUGAAGUUUCUGUUAAUGUUAAUUUGGAUGGUAGAUGA